CAGGACUUCAGCGACAGAUACAUUCGCCGACAGGCUGGCAAAUUGUCUGCAUUCUUUUGUUGUGUAUCAUUCCUUCAGUUGCAAGCGUGAAAAAUAAGAAUGUCUGAACAAAAGUAUGAUUUUGUGGUUUUUGGUGCCAGUGGUUUUACAGGACAGUUUGUAGUGGAAGAGAUUGCUCGAAUUGCUGACGAGGAAGCUGGUUUGACAUGGGCGGUUGCUGGGCGAUCUAUGGAAAGAUUACAGAAAAUUUUGGAAAAAGCAUCAAAAGCUACAGGUAAAGAUCUUGAAAGUAUUCCAGCCAUUGUAGCAGAUACUGGUUGUGAUGAGUCUAUUUUAGAAAUGACAAAGCAAGCUAAAGUUGUCCUGAACUGUGUUGGACCAUACCGUUUCCAUGGGGAAAAAGUUGUAAAAGCAUGUAUUGAAGGUGGAGCCAGCCAUUUGGAUAUAAGUGGUGAACCACAGUUCCUUGAAAGGAUGCAGCUGAUGUAUAACAAUAAAGCUAAAGAAGCCGGGGUGUUUGUAAUAGGAACAUGUGGAUUUGAUAGCAUACCAGCAGAAAUGGGAGUUGUGUUUGCACAAAACAAGUUUCAAGGUGAAAUUAAUUCCAUUGAAGCUUACCUAGACUUUGAGGCAAAAGAGGGGUUAGUAGGUAAUGUGACAACAUUAGAAUCAGCUGUUUAUGGCUUUGCUCAUGCUAGUGAGCUGAAGAGUUUGAGGCAUUCUCUUUAUCCAGAACCACUACCAAAGCCAAGUUUUAAACUUCAAAAACGAGGUGCUGUACAUAAAAAUGAAAUAGUAAAUAAGUACUGUGUACCAUUCAUGGGAAGUGAUAAAUCAGUGGUCAAUAGAACACAAAGAUACAACUAUGAACACAAGAAACAGAGACCUAUCCAGUUUGAUCCUUAUGUAGCUUGCUCAGGAAUAUUACAGCUGAUAGGAAUUAUGCUGUUUGGUAUUAUAUUUGCUGUUUUGUCUAAGUUCAGCUUUGGAAGGAAUCUCCUUAUCAAGUAUCCUGAAAUUUUUACAUUUGGUGCCUUCAAGAAAUCUGGACCAACCAAAAAACAGAUUGAGAAUACUUCAUUUUCCAUGACACUUGUAAGUAAAGGAUGGAGUACCAAGUUGGAGGACCCAGCAGAACAACAUACAGACGAACCUGAAGUGGUCUCUAUAACCAAAGUCUUUGGACCAGAACCAGGAUAUGUAACAACACCUAUUUGUAUGGUUCAGUGUGGACUGGUUGUCUUGAAAGAGAAGAGUAAGAUGCCCAAAGAUGGUGGAGUACUGACACCAGGUUCUGCCUUUGCUGACACUAGUUUGAUAGACAGACUUCAGAACCACAACAUCAAAUUCCAAGAGGUUAAGGAGUAAAUAAAUGGUGCUGUAAAGACAGUAGAGUUAAUUGGUUCAAUUGUAGAAAGACUUUUAUUAUCUGUUAUUGUAAGAUUAGAACAUAUACUUUUUAUUCAUUCUUUAAUUCACUGCUGCAAAAACUGAAGAUCAUGGAAUUCAUUGUUAUAAUUUGAAACACAACUAGAAUAAAUUCAUAAACUGAAUUAGUGUUUAAUGCAAUUUCUAUAGCUUCGAAAAUAUUGUGCUGUGUGCCUUUGGAAAAUAUUGCAUGUCAGUCAGUCUCUCAAACUGAGAAAUUGCUAUUACUUUAUUUUUUAUAUAAAGAAUGAUUGGUUUUUUUAAUAGGAAAUUUCUUUUUUUCCAAAGUAUUUCACAAGGAAUAUUAACAUUUCUGUCCAGUAAUACUUUUUUUUCAAGAUAGAACUGAAAAAUUGUAUAUGACCAUUGAAGAAUGCAAUACUUAACAUUGUUUUCUUAAGCUCAGUCAACAAGGUUUGUUGGAUACAAAAAAAUCAAACAAAGCCAUGUUAGAAAAUUAAUCAGUGUGCAUCAGGAAAAAUCAGAAGAUGGCCUGUUCUAAAGGACAAGGGAAGAUAACUCAAAUUCACUUUUUCUAGAGCAUUGGAUUUUAAUGUAAAGGUGGCUUCAUUCUUAAGUGUUGUUUUUGAGUGGAAACUUGUGGAAAAGGUUAUAUUUUCAAAAAAUCUUAUUUUAGAAAAAAUAAAUCUCAAUGCAAAAAAGGUUUUCAAAUAAAACAUUAAUCAAAAACCAAUCGCCUGCACUCUUUAAAAAUAAAAAUUUCUGACUAUAUGAGCCUAAAAUCUGAAGUUAGCAACUUCAAAGAUGAUUUUUUUUAUUUAUUUACCUAGUUUUUACAAAUUCAUAGCAUAUGUAUAAUUUUGUGGCUUAAUGGUGCAUAUAUUGCUUUGUCAGCACUAAAGCUGUGUUAUGUUGUGUUGUUUAUUGUUGAACAAAACAGAGGAACAAUUUUAAUGUGGCAACCAAUAAAUAUUUUUUCGAAAGGUUGCAAAUGUGAGAUUGUGUGGGAAGUUUUUAUACCAAUUAAAAGGUGUUUGAUAGUGCUGCUUUUUUGUAAUACAUGUAUGUAUUCUAUUUAUUUAUGUGAUCAGAUUUAUAUAAUAUGAUAGCUGUAUAUCACAAGAUAAUUUUGUGAUCAUUAAAAGGCAUUUGAUUGACUAUUGAAAGAUGAUAGUUUAUAUAGAAACUAACAAAAAAAAGUAUUAUGUAAGCAUUAUUUGUAUGUGAAGAGUUGAAGAAAAAAUUGGCAGAUGAUUUUGAUUCCCCAAAAAGGAGAAUAUAAAAUGAUAAAUUCAAAGAAAAUUAAAAUAGACGAUGAGCUUAGCUACAAUCAAUGAAAUGUGCAGCUUCUCUGGCCUCUAUCAUCUUCUCUAAACAUGCCUGAUGCCAAAGUAAUCUGUGUCCCUGUUAUGAUUUCUGUAAACAACGUAACAUCUUGUCAAAGACUCAUGUGAAAUUGCUUAGAAGUUAUGAGUUAUUGUGUAAGGAUUACAAGUUAUUAGUUAUUGUGUAAGGAUUAGAAGUUAUGAGUUAUUGUGUAAGGAUUAGAAGUUAUGAGUUAUUGUGUAAGGAUUACAAGUUGUGAGUUAUUGUGUAAGGAUUACAAGUUAUUAGUUAUUGUGUAAGGAUUACAAGUUAUUAGUUAUUGUGUAAGGAUUAGAAGUAAGACUCAAUGACCUAAGCAGUUUUUAGAUUAAUAUAUGAAUUAAAGUUAAACUCAAAAAUGACUUAUGCAAGAUUUGUGAAUCAUUCAAGUCACUUGCCAUCCAAAGAGUAUAUGUGGUGACAUAUAUACUAUUAAGAAAACUGGGAUAAUUUUGUACUUUAAACUACCGAAUUUUAAAAAAUUUAUUGUAUUGUAUAAUUCUAUUUAAAAUAAUCAUAUAUAUAGGAGGGAACUGGUAAUUGGUUUAUUUUAAGUUGGUUGUUAAAAUUUGAGACAUAUAUAUACUUAUGAUUAGAGGGUUUAAACAUGUAUAUUUUGAAUUAUUAUGAACCAAAAAAAUCUUUUUAAAACAAUAUUAGUCUUUCCACAGUGAAAUUAAAGAAUAAUACUGAAAAUAAGGUUUUUGAAAAAGAUUUUUUUUUGUUAAAUAAAAAAAAAUUGUAUUUGAUGACUUCAAAUUCCUAAUUUAUGAUUCAGUUGUGAAUUAAAUAAUUGUUAAAUUGGCUUAGUUAUAUAUUUUUCUACUUUUAUAUUGACAUUGCCAAAUCUUUUUGUUUUUUUGUCGUUGCUGUUAUUACUAGUGUCUGUUGAUGUUUCCAGACUAAGUUGAAAGAUGGUUUAUAUAUCAUAUUGAUACACUGUAUUUCACAGCUCUAUUUCUAUUGGUUCAUCAUUAAAGGUGUAGACAAACUUAAUUCUUUUUCUGUUCUUUCAAUGGGACUUGGUCACCUUUUUGUAACAUUACAAUAGGCAAUUCAGAGUAAGCACAGAACUGAAAAAAAUAAUCAACUGGUCGCGCAGAGAUUAAUUUGGUUAAGAAUAAGAGAAAUUAAGAUAUCAGUGAUGGUGAAAAUUACGAUUGCAUUACAAAACAGGUGGUCAUAAAACAUGUUAAACAUUUAGGGGAAAGUAAAACUAGCUUAACACACAUCUAUGACUUUUAUAUAAAUAAUUGGGAUAAACUAUUUUAUUGUCAUACCGUGGGACUAAAAUCCCUUAGAUUAGAUACCAGUCAUCCUAAAGUCAGAGUUUAAUAUCUUAAGACAGGUCUGGUAUCAACUUCUGAAUGUACAUAGUAAAAGAAUAUGCAGUAAUUAAUGGCAUUUUUCCAGAAUAUGGUGUUUUAUGCUGUGAUAUAAUUAUGUCUAUGUACUUAUUGAUUAUGUAGACUUUAAUGAGAAACUGAUUUGAAUACUUCAUUAAUUUUGCUAUUAACUAAUUAUGGUCAGACAAAAUUGUUAAUGAAGCAAGAAAAACAUUUAGGAAGAGGUAAUUUUACCUAUAAUCUGCAAUCAAAUAAUACAUAUUUACCAAGUCAGUUUAAAUUCAAUUGUGAUAUGCAUUUGAGGUUGUUCUUACACUUUGAGAUCAAUAACUGUGAUUGAAUCAAAAUGUCAAUUUCUAAGGAAAUGGACAUUGUAGUUACUAUAUGAUGAACCCUAGUUCUUUGAAAAUUAAAUUUACAAAUGAAAGAAUGAUUCAUCAGAUUUAAAAUAAACAAACAAUAAACAUCUUCAUAGAAUUUUUUUGUUUUUUUAACUCUAUUUAGGAAAUAAAUCUUUUUUGUUAUUAUUCUUGGCUAAAAUACACCAUUCUAAGUAUUUUGUUUUAUUAUAUAUAAUUAUAUAUACUGUCUUCAUAAAUUAUCAACUGUGGUAAAAUUGAAUGUCCUGCAACUCUAUGUGUUUUACCUAAACAUCUACAUAAAUGCCAGAACUUGUAGCUUUUCUAGCAAGUAGUUCAGACUUGUUAUGAUGUAAUUAAUAUGUGCAAUAAUCAUGAAGAAUAAGUUACUAUUCAAAUUGUGUAAGAGUUAAAUAUUCUGAAAAUCAUGGGAAAGUCUGGCGAGUCAUGGACAUUAGUAAUGUACUCCAACUAUACAAAUAUGAAUUUACCUGUAAAUGUCUUUGGUUUAAUUCUUUUUGUGAUGGUUUGCUGUCUAAAUGUAAACCCACCAUCCUCUGUUAAUCAUAAUUUAAAAAAAAAAACUUGACAGAUUUUAAAAGUGUAUUUUUGACUGCUUUUUGUGCCUUUUCUCAUGUUAUGCAAUAUUGUUGAAAUUUGGAAUAAAUAUUCAAAGCUUA